AGUAAAAAAUAUUGGAGUGUUCAUAACAUGCAGGUCAAUAAGUAAAAAACUUCUAAUAUAUUCUAGGAUGUAGAUAAUGAGAUAGCCCAGGAAGUGAAAUCCGCCAUACUCAGACACCAAUGGUACCUCACUGAAUCCCUGGUAGUCUUUGCCCUGUUUGAUGAUGGCCUGGAUGACAUCACACGGGAAAGUAUGGCAAGACAUCUAUUGGGAAUCCAAAGACCAAAUGUCUUCAACCCUGGGAAGCCAGAUUUCCACACUGAUAUACUCAUUCAGCCCAACCAAGAACUUAUUGACUUUUUAGGGCCAAGAUCUUGGUUGUUAUUUGAUCUUACAAAUGGGGAUACAACUUGGCUCAAUCUACCCAUCAACCAGUGGGCUACACAUCAAGGAUAUAUUACAUUGGCAGCUAUUGUGCAUAAUCUGUAUGUGGUUAAUGACGCUGCAGAGAGGAGCGUAAAAGACAUACAAGACUACGCCAAUGCUGCCCGUGAUGGCACUGUGAGGGCUAGAAUGAUUCUGGUUUCCUCCUCUCAUAGGGCCAAGAUCCCUGUAUUCCUAAAAAAUGAAAUGCAGAAUAAUCUGUAGACAUUAGACAUUGUUAUUAUAACAUGUUAGAUUAUUUAUGAGUACAUGGGUGGAACUAAUUCAGUGUAAACCAUUAUCUAAAUGAAUGCAUGAUCACCUUAUAACCAGGACUCUAAAAUAUGGUUUACAGUGCUUAACCCUUGCAGUACCAUUUAUCUAAUUGUUAUUACCAUCAGUAUUACCAGUUUGAUGGUGUUUAGUAGUUAGAGAUAAGCUACCAUAUGAAUAACAGUAAAAGAGCAAAUAGUUUGUUUCAAAAUGUGAUAUAUUUGCGAUUUUCGCUCAAAUAUUAGUAGGAAAAGGGUUAAAUAAUUAAUGAACAAGGUAUACUAUGUUUUCAACUGUAUGAUAAUACAUAAUGACCAUAACCUAAUGAUUUUGACAAGGUUUCUGACAUCCAUCCUUCAUAUUUUACCUUGUAAGGCUAGAAAAUGACGUUUUUUGCCGUUUUUUACCAGUUUUCGCAAAAAAGGGUUAAAUAAUUAAUGAACAAGGUAUACUAUGUUUUCAACUGUAUGAUAAUACAUAAUGACCAUAACCUAAUGAUUUUGACAAGGUUUCUGACAUCCAUCCUUCAUAUUUUACCUUGUAAGGCUAGAAAAUGACGUUUUUUGCCGUUUUUUACCAGUUUUCGCAAAAACGUCGGUAGGGGGGG